AUGCAGCGCCAGGAGGCGGAGGCGAAGCUCUCGCCGCGGCCCAUGGCGCAGCUAUUCGCCGGCGCGCCGUGCCAGCCGGCGCAUUUCGGCGACCAGCUCGUGCGUGGCGACAGCCCGGCGUCGGGGUCGAGCAGCAGCUCGGCUCUGGGGACGGGCGUGGGCGCAAUGGCGCCGAUCGCGCCGGUGUGCGGGAUGGUGGCCUGCAAGGAGGAGGCGGGGGGCGGAAUGGGUUUUGGGCAACCCGGCUGGGGCAAUGGGCAGGCGCUGGGCCAGGAGGGGUCCACAGGGGGAUCCGUGGCGCCCGCCCGCGGCCGGAGGUCUCCCCAUUCCGAGCGGGGAUCCGCUGAAGGGGACGGGGACAGCGGCGAGGGCGAGCGGCUGAUGAAGGAGUUUGUGGCGGGCCUGGGGGCGUACUUCCGGCUGGAAGGGGCGCCGCGCGGCGCGGUGGAGGAGUUGAGGCUGAACGCCAACGCGCUAGGGUCGCGGCGCGGGCCGCCCAGCUCCAGCUCGCAGUUCCGCGGGGUCACGCGCCACAGGCGGACCAAGAAGUGGGAGUCCCACAUCUGGUACAACAAGAAGCAGCUCUAUCUGGGUGGCUUCAAGGAGGCAGUGGACGCAGCAAAGGCACACGACAUCAUGGGCCUGAAGCUAAGGGGCAGCAAGGCACACACAAACUUCGAGCCCAGUGGCUACCUUCGCCUCGGGCCCUUCCUAGAUACUCUGUCGAUGGAGCAAGUCAUAGAGGCGCUGCGGAUGGUGAGCAAGGGUGCCGACUUUGGGACUGCCCUGAAGAAGUCCAUCCGCACGUCCCGUGCAGUGAAGGUGCGACCCCUCUCCCCACAACACCAUCACAUGCGGUUGACCCCAAGUCAGCUUGUAUCUUCAUUGGGGCGAUUCCAGCAGCACCGACAGCAGCGGGAUAUGUUGGACACGCUUGUGUCAUCUGGCGACGACGAUGGCACCCUGGUGCCCAUCGCUGACAACAUCCACGCCAUGCUGCUGCCGCCGAUCUGGACCAACAAGGACCGCACACGGGAUCGCGCCACCAUGGAGGACCUUGGCAACACUGUCAUCAUGAGCCCCACCCUGGGGACGUCCAAGGUGGCUGAUCUGCUGUCGUCCGGCCCUCUGGAGGCCACCUCUGGAGCCCUGGUCGAUGAUGGCAUGGACUCGACAUGGGCGCCGAUAAUGUGCGCGAAUGACACCUUCAACGAGUACGGUGUUCAGGCCAGUCCCUUUGGGCAGUACAGUCAGGCCAUCGAAAUGGGCCAGGUCGACCAGAGGACGCACAUGGAAAUGAAGCCAGACCUCAAUGCCAUGCUUUGUAGGCAGUCGUCGUCAAGGGAGCUUAUGGGGUCCAGGGAGCUCAUGGGGUCCAGGGAGCUCAUGGGAUCGAGGGAGCUCAUGGGAUCGAGGGAGCUCAGAGGGGUGUUGCCUCUCAACCAGAGGGCAGCAAGCGAGCCCCUUCCCGAGGUCGAUGAGGCCACCUGCGGCUGGCAGGAGCUCCUUGGCCAGACACCGCAGUAUGGCCGGCAGCACGGCAUGCGCGUGGCUGACCAGAUGGCCAACAAUAGCCGUGCGGGUCAGGGCUACGGCCAGCGAGAGUCCGUGAUCGUCAAGGUGCCUGUGUACCAGAGCAAGGUUGUGCAGUACCCCGGUGCCGCAACCCGUGCCGGCUCGAUGCCUGCACCACAGAUGUCCCCACGUGGCCCAGUCGAUCAGAGCUACAUGUACUCCAGCAGCCAGGCCAACACCUCUGAUGCCUACACCACCUGCUCCUCAAGGUCGAGCAUGAGUGCCAUGGAUGCCUUUGGUCGCCAGCCGUUGGACUUGGUCCAGUUUCCAACGCUGAAUGUGCGCUGUGCAGCUGGCGUCAGCGACUACGACUGUGGCCUGCAGACCGCGGCCUCGGGUGAGAUAGGCGGGUCCUACACCGCUGGCCAGUAUGGGCAGAUGCUGGACAGCCGGGCCAGCGGCGUGGCGGGCAGGGGUAUCGCUGGUGAGCAGGCGAUGCAUGCCAAUGUGCGCUGCUGA